AUGCAGUUUAACCACUACCGCGACGGAGAGACCCGUUCGAUUCUGAUGAAAGACUCCCAGUCCUUUCUGUGUGCGCUACUGGCGGCCAAAAAACAACAGGCCAACGAGCUCUUUGGUUCGUGGGAUGUCAAAGGAAAAGGGUACAUUGCUACCGCACAGCUCCGGCCACUUCUCCUGAGCUUAUUUCCGGCACCGUCGUCCGUGUCGGAGCAGGACUCUGGCACCACCGCAACCCAUCUGUCCGUUUCACAAGUGAAGACAGCGUAUGAGAGCGUGACGGGGCGCCCAUGGCCACCUCACGCGUCGCUCUCGACAGGCUCUGCUUCGGCAAAGCAAAGCCACCGUCACCAGGACUCGAUGUACGCAGGUCCCACACUAAGUGAGGUGCACGCCAUCAUUGACGUCUUGUGUGGCGGUGAGAGACAGCCGAAAGUGGCAUUAACGCACUGCAGCCGGGACGGUGUAGGGAACGCAUCGACGAGGCCGUUUGCGGGUCGCAAAGGGCCCACACCGAACACGGCACCCCUCACUCUCACAAGCUCUGCCACUGAGAGCAGCACAAGCGCAGCGCCUUCACUGCACCACCGUUCCCUUACGAGUGAUGCGGGGGCCGCUUUCCUGUAUGGCUCCAUCGAAGCCAUCUAUCGUAGCUUUUGCCGUGCUGCCGCCUCACCAGGUGAGUUGGAGCCCGAUACGCUUCCGAUUGAUGCCGUACAUCUCGAGCGUAUCGCGUGGAACGUUCAAGCGCAACGGCUGAGUGUAGGAGAGGGACACGCACUGCACCGCCUCCUGGCUGCGAAGGCAACCACUGUUGAUCCGACCACCGCCCCCACCACCAGCACUGGGGCGGAUGCCCACCUUACUCUGGAGGCGUUUGUGAAACUCUUGUGCGCUAUGUGA